CUCAGCCAUGGCCACAGCUGCCUCCAACCCCUACAGCAUCCUCAGCUCGUCAGCCCUGGUCCAUGCAGACUCGGCGGGGGGCAUGCAGCAGGGCAGCCCCUUCAGGAACCCCCAGAAGCUGCUGCAAAGUGACUACCUGCAGGGGAUGCCCAGCAAUGGCCACCCCCUGGGCCACCACUGGAUGGGCAGCCUGGCCGAUGCCAACCCCUGGUCCACCAGCAGCCCCAUCAUGGAUCAGCAGGACAUUAAACCGGGCAGAGAAGACCUUCAGCUGGGCACCAUCAUCCACCACAGGUCCCCCCAUGUCAGCCACCACUCCCCCCACACCAACCACCCCAAUGCCUGGGGGGCCAGCCCGGUGCCCUCCAACGUCUACUCUCAGCCGGGCUUCUCGGUGACUGGCAUGCUGGAGCACGGCGGCCUCAGCCCCCCACCCCAGACCCCCCAGAGCCUGCACCCGGUGCUGAGAGCAGAAGACCACGGGGACCUGGGCUCCCACCACUGCCAGGACCAUUCGGACGAGGAGACCCCCACCUCCGACGAGCUGGAGCAGUUCGCCAAGCAGUUCAAACAAAGGCGCAUCAAGCUGGGCUUCACCCAGGCGGACGUGGGGCUGGCGCUGGGCACCCUGUACGGCAAUGUCUUCUCGCAGACCACCAUCUGCAGGUUCGAGGCUCUGCAGCUCAGCUUCAAGAACAUGUGCAAGCUGAAGCCCCUGCUGAACAAGUGGCUGGAGGAGGCCGACUCCUCCACCGGCAGUCCGACCAGCAUCGACAAGAUCGCCGCCCAGGGCAGGAAGAGGAAGAAGAGGACCUCCAUAGAGGUGAGUGUCAAGGGGGUCCUGGAGACCCACUUCCUGAAAUGCCCCAAGCCGGCGGCCCAGGAGAUCCUGUCCCUGGCAGACAGCCUGCAGCUGGAGAAGGAGGUGGUCCGGGUCUGGUUCUGCAACAGGAGACAAAAGGAGAAGAGGAUGACCCCCCCGGGAGACCUCCAGCCGCACGAGGGCUUCCCCCACAAUGUCAAAGCAGACCCCUCCUGCCACGACCUCUGACUGCGGCCCCGACCCCGCGGACAAUGGGAGAAGCCGUUUUUCUAAGAGAAAAAGAGAAAGAAAGAACUUUUUUUGGGGGUCUUUAACUUAUGUUCUAUUCUUUAUGGCGGAACAGAAAUACUCAAAAACUUUUGCAAAAAAAAUAAAAUCAAAUAAAAAGUAU